GCAUGAACAGAUACGUGGCUGUUGAAUAUGUGAAUGAAAACUCGAAAAUUCCGACAAAAGCUGCGAAACGAAAUAAAAUUUAAUUUUAUUGAGGCGUUAUUAUGCGAUAGCUGUCCCAAGGCCGCCAAGUGCAAUUCCUCCGCCGCCUUAGGAACCCCGAAUUUAAGGAAAUGGGUUUGUGCAAGUGCCCCAAGCGCCUGGUGACCAACCAGUUUUGCUUUGAGCAUCGAGUCAAUGUUUGCGAACACUGUAUGGUUCAGUCUCAUCCAAAGUGCAUUGUGCAGUCGUAUCUGCAGUGGCUGCGGGACAGCGACUACAUCUCCAACUGCACUCUGUGCGGCACCACAUUGGAGCAGGGCGAUUGCGUGCGCCUCGUCUGCUACCAUGUUUUCCACUGGGACUGCCUGAACGCCCGCCAAGCCGCACUGCCUGCCAACACAGCCCCUCGGGGUCACCAGUGCCCCGCCUGCAGUGUGGAGAUCUUUCCCAACGCCAACCUGGUCUCCCCGGUGGCCGAUGCUCUGAAGAGUUUCCUGUCGCAGGUUAACUGGGGCAGAAAUGGCCUGGGACUCGCCCUGCUCUCUGAGGAGCAGAGCAGCAGUCUGAAGGCCAUUAAGCCCAAGGUGGCAAGCCAGGCGGCUGUCAGCAACAUGACCAAAGUGCACCACAUCCAUUCCGGUGGCGAGCGAGAGCGCACGAAGCCCAAUGGCCAUGACGCCGUGAGCCCACAUUCCGUGCUCCUAAUGGAUGCAUUUAAUCCCCCAAGUGCGGGCGACUACGCCAGCAGCAGAAGACCGCUGCUGCCCCGUCAGUCGCCAAUUGGUGGGACAGAUCGAGACGAUAAUAAGUACCAGCGCCGCACUCCUGCGGAAUUGUUCUCGCGAUGGACACGCCGCUUCUAUGCGCCCUCCUCGCGGCCGCCGUGGCGUCGCACUUGGUUCCUGGUGACCGCCGGCAUUUUGGCCUUUGUCUUGUUCGUCUAUCUUAUGGCCUGGCUGGGUCGCGGAGGAUCUGAUGCCGUGGACGAGGGCUGGAAUAACCCCAAUCCACAGCCGAACCACUACGAAUAGGGUGUGCAUUCACGGUCGAAAUAAGCAUACGUAGCAUAUAAUCGAUAUCCAAGUCCCCGAUUCCGAAAGAAUAAAACUUUUACAGCUAUUUAUAU